GACGUCGACAUGUAUUUUAUUCGCAAGAAGGCUAAGUAUAAUCCACACAAUGGAUUGCGAAUAACCACCACAGAUUGUCUAUUUGAUGACAGAAUACAGGGGUUGUUUAUGCUUUAUACGAAAAACAAGGGCGAUACAUCAACGGUCGUCGAUCUAAACAUUGCUGCUGAUUACGUCCAAGGUUAUGGCAUUCUAUGCAACACUCCAUGGAAAGAUGUGGAUGAGGUGCUGUUUCCAAUGCAUUUAACCAACAAAAAACAUUGGGUUUUGGGUCGUCUUGUGUUUAAAGACAGGUGUGUCUACGUUUACAAUUCGUUGGACACUGCUACGUCCAAGAAAGAAUCAGAAAAAGCUGCGAAGAAAUAUUCAGUCGUGCUUCCCAGGAUUUUCGCUCUUUUGGAUAUUUACAAUCUUCGGACAGACAUAGACCUACAAUCACCUGCCUAUCGAAAUAAAUUGCCGGAUUCCCCUUUUUCCAUUUCAUAUGUCACUGAUCUACCAAUUCAGAAGAAAAGCGAUUGCGGAGCAUUUGUUUUGGCUUUCGCUGAACAUUUGAUCAAAAGUCAACCAAUUCCAUCAGAGUUUUUGAUUGAGAGCCAUCGUGAACGGAUUGCGUAUCUGUUUUUUAAGUAUGCAACCAUGAAGCAUGAUAACAACAUUGACAGUGAUGAGGAGGUGGAACCCAAACCAAAGAUGAAGGGCGUUAUCAGAAUUUAACUCUGUUUUACACAUUGGAAUUGUUUUGUUUUUUUUUUAGAUUUACAACAUUAAUAGGUGUUUAACUG